AUGGAGCACCGAAAAUGUCUAGAGAGCAAAAAGCAAUUUAGAAACCAGAGUUCUACGGAAGUGUUUAGAGAGAUUACACGUGGGCCUCGUUUUUUUCUUGAGUCUUCCAAUGAUCGCAACACCGGGACUAUUGAAUCUCCCAAGGUACGUCAUGUAUUUGAUUAUUUUGUGGUCAUAGACUUUGAGGUUACCUGCGACAAGGGCAAAAUUCCUCACCCUCAAGAGAUAAUUGAGUUUCCAUCAGUCAUAAUGAGUGGUGUCACUGGUGAAAUAGAAUCAUGUUUUCGGACAUAUGUGAGGCCUACCCACAAUCAAAUUCUGACUGAUUUCUGCAAGGAUCUGGCUGGUAUACAACAAGAUCAGGUGGACAAUGGAGUUACAUUGGAAGAGGCUCUACUCAUGCAUGAUGAAUGGCUUGAAAUCAAUGGGAUAUAA